AACUUCAGCGUGCAGGGGAGAAGAUACCAGGAGCAAACAGAUUCCUGUCGAGGACGCAAUAGAGAUCUGUGUCUCGUUCCGGAUUUCCGUGCACCCAACAGCGAGCCGCCGAGCUCAGAGCGGCGCGCCAUGAGUUCGUCCUCGAAGCGAGAUGUUGUCUAUCUAUGGGAUCCGGACGUCGGCAACUUCCACUACGGACCCGGUCAUCCGAUGAAACCACAACGAAUUGCAGUGACUCACAGUCUGGUGUUGAAUUAUGGACUCCACAGAAAAAUGCGGAUCUACCGCCCGUACCGAGCGAACCCUCAUGACAUGUGCAAGUUCCAUAGCGAGGAAUAUGUGAAUUUCCUGCAGCGGAUAACGCCGCAGAACAUGGAAUCUUUCGAUAAGAAAGAAACGCUAUUCAACGUUGGUGAUGAUUGUCCAGUCUUUUCGGGACUCUACGACUUUUGUUCUUUAUACACCGGUGCUUCGAUAGACGGAGCGUGGCGAUUGAACAACAGAACCUGCGAUAUAGCCAUAAACUGGUCCGGUGGACUUCACCACGCCAAGAAGUUCGAGGCAUCAGGCUUCUGUUACAUAAACGACAUCGUGGUUGCUAUCUUGGAGCUGCUUAAAACCUACGCUCGCGUUCUAUACAUCGACAUCGAUGUUCAUCAUGGCGAUGGGGUACAAGAAGCGUUUUAUCUGACAGACCGAGUGAUGACAGUCUCGUUGCACAAAUAUGGCGCUUACUUCUUCCCUGGGACGGGAGAUAUGUACGAAGUCGGCGCGGAAUCCGGGAAAUAUUACGCUCUAAACGUGCCUCUGAAAGAGGGUAUCGACGAUGCGUCCUACUUCCAAGUUUUCAAGACAGUUAUCUCUUCUGUGAUCGACCAUUAUCGGCCCGGAGCCGUCGUUUUACAAUGCGGAGCUGAUUCACUCGCUGGAGACCGACUCGGAUGCUUCAAUCUGUCGAUCAAAGGACACGGAGACUGUGUGAAAUUCGUCAGAGAUCUCAACAUUCCGCUGCUCGUGUUGGGCGGUGGGGGAUACACCCUCCGCAACGUCGCUCGAGCCUGGACCAACGAAACCGCGAUUUUGGUCAAUGAGCAGGUCUCGCCUGAAAUACCUUACAAUGAAUAUUUGGAAUUCUUCGCGCCGGAUUUCUCCUUGUUCCCCGAUGUGAUCACACGACAGGAGAACGCGAAUUCGAAGCAGUAUCUCGAAGCAAUCCUCAAAUACACCACCGAAAACCUUCGAUGUUUGGAACACGCACCGUCCGUCCAAAUGCAGGAUGUGCCGCCUGAUAUCGUGGACCUAGCAGACGUUGACGAAGACCCCCUCAUUGAAAACAGUAAAGAGCAUCCAGCGGAGUUUUACGAUUGAGCACACUGCGAAUCUGGAUUCUGCGAAAUACGGAUGCCUUCAUCAUCGGGCAGCGGACACCGAGAAAGAAUCGUUUCUGAUCGCGGGCCGUGUGGUGUGAAAAGCAUCGGAAGUCUCCGAGUACUUAUGUUACCACUCGUUGGU